UCGAUUCGAAGCAUGUUUCAUGUCUGGGCCUUAACUGAGGUUUCGAGCGUUCGAAUAUAAGAAUGAAAUGGGCCUAGUGUAACUGGUUUGCUCCGAGAAAGAAGUGUGUUCGAGAAACUUACCGAACAGUUGACCAAAAAAGAAAAAGGAAAAAGAAACUUAUCGAACAAACAUCGGUGUUAUCAAAAUCCGAAAGAGGAACAGCUAGAGUUGGGCUUGUGUCUCUGUGAGUAGACAGAAAGUUACCAACGAAGAAGACAUCUAGGGUUUCAAAUCCACUUCUCUCAAACAAAUAUGAGUCGUCAUCCUGAGGUCAAGUGGGCUCAGAGGUUGGACAAGGUCUAUGUCACGGUUCAGUUGGCAGAUUCAAAAAAUGCAAAAGUUGACCUUACUCCAGAUGGCGUUUUCACUUUUUCUGCUAAUGCUGGUGCUCAAGACCAUCUUUAUGAGCUCAAGUUGGAGCUUUUUGACAAGGUUAAUGUAGAGGAGAGCAAAAUUAAUGUAGGAGUGAGAAGCAUAUUCUGUGUGGUGCAGAAGGCAGAGAAGGGAUGGUGGAAAAGGUUAUUGCAUGCAGAGGGCAAGCCUCCACAUUAUGUGAAAGUAGAUUGGGAUAAAUGGGUGGAUGAAAAUGAAGAUGAGGAGGGUUUGGGUGACCUGGACUUGGGAGGGAUGGAUUUUUCGAAAUUUGGUGGGAUGGGUGAUGAUGCAAUGGGUGACGAUUUUGAUGAGAGUGAUGAUGAAGAUCAAGAAGUGUCAAAGCCCGGAAAAGAAGAGACUAACAAUAAGGAGGAGGGAGCUUCUACAGUUGGAGAAGAUGGCACGAGCACUAGUGAGGAAGUUGCUCCCAACAAAUAAUGUCCUUGCAGUGCAAAAUCUCGAACUCAGAAGACUCACAAACGUGCAGUAAAAUUUUCAGUCUGGUUGUACUAUCAACUGAAAGUUGUUUAAGUGGAAUCGUUUAUAUUGCUCUUCCCUUUUGUCUCUGAACAAUGAACAUUAUUAGCUCGUGUUAUUUGCUAGCAAAUGCUCCUUCAAGUUGAAGUAGGAUAUUGUACAAUUGUGAUUUAUAUUUCAUGAAGGUGGCAGUAUCUAGCUUUCUGUAUUUUGUAUUAUCCCCCAAAGAAAUCACUUAAGUUGCGUUUGGGAUUA